UCGAGCUGCUGUUUGCUACCCUCUAGUGGUGAAAGUGGUGGAUGACACCCAAGUAUGUUUUAAGUUUGUUGUCAUUUUCUUUUUAUACAAGGAAAUAAUAAAUACACGUUGUAAAUGUGGAUGUAUUAGCGACAGUAUCGCCAAAACAAGACGCUCAACAUGGCAGUGGUGCAAGGUCUUCUCCACUGGAUGCAAGCCUGCGUGGUCCUGCUGCUCUGCUUAUCUGAAGCCGUGCCCGCUGCCUCAGAGACCAACAGAAAUUACUACGAUACCCUCAGUAUUGAGUCAACAGCAACUGACAGCCAGAUAAAAAAGGCUUUCCGCAAACUGGCCAUAAAGCACCACCCCGAUAAGAACAAGAGCGCCGACGCAGAGAAGACUUUCAGAGAGAUUGCUGAAGCCUACACCGUGCUUUCCAACAAGGAGAAGAGGAGGCUCUAUGACAGUGUGGGCCAUGAGGCUUUUGUAAAAAACGAGGUCUCUGUUGAUGCUGAGGAUGAGGAUGAGACAAACUUCCACUUCAGUUUCUCAGACUUCUUCCAUGACUUUGAUGAUAGUCCCUUUGUGGAGGAGCCACACUUCCACUGGAGCUUUCAUCAGGAUUGGGAGGAUGAGGAUGAUCCAUAUGACUAUUACAGUUUCGAUGACCCCGGCUUCAACUUUUAUUUUGGGGAUGGGGAUGAAAAUGAGGAGGAGCACCACUACUAGAUAUGUAAUUUCUUUGUCCUGUAUAAUGCACGACUAUUAUGUAUUAAUAUAUUGUCUUCUAUUGAUAACAAAGUCUCCAUAUUAAAUUGUUUACUCAUG